GGUGUGUGUGAUAGGUACUGAGUGCAGACCUGGAGUUAUAGUAGAGGGCUCGAGGCUGAAUGAUUCAUGCCUGCUGCAAAUAUUCAUGAAUUCUUAAGAUGAGGAAUGUCAUCACAAAGAACACUGGGAUGAGGCACACAGAGUGAGAACAGAUAGGACGAGGCAGCAUUUUGACAUUCACUUGACAUUCACUUGAGAAUGGACAUUGACUACAGAGAGAUUAAAGAUGCUGAAUGUCAGCAGAGAGAAGAGCAAAUGGGUUCUCUUCCUAUCCACAAUCCAAGUCCGAGGCCACGUACAUUUCUUCCUUCGGAAAUGCAACCGGCAAAAAAGAAACCUCCAAUAAAACCCCGGCGCAGUGUUAAAGGACGACCAAUAGCUCAACAAGGCGCCGAGCAAUUAAAAAACCAGGGCCAACAGAAGGAAAAUGAGAUGACAGUAAAGAGAAUAGCUCCAGCUCUGGUUUUGGGCCCCGUGGGGACCCUGGAGGCCCUCUCUCCAUCUUUGCGUGCUCACACCCUGCUUUGGUUUGAAAGAACGCAGCUGCCUCGACUAUACACACCUGGACACUCACUUCCUCGCUGGCUCCAUGGUUUCGCUACACGCAGGGAAGCAGAACAGCUGCUGCAGGAUAAACCGCAAGGCUGUUUCCUGUUAAGGCUCAGCGAGUCAAAGAUAGGCUUUGUGUUGUCUUACAGAGGGGAGGACAGGUGUCGUCACUUCAUCAUCGAAGAGGAAGAUAGUGGAACAUUUGGGAGUGUUUAUCUCAUUGCUGGAGAAGACAGCCGUCAUCAAAGUCUGGAGGACCUGAUCAACUACUAUACCCAUAAUCCUGUGGGGCCUUUUAAUGAGAUGUUGACUGUUCCUUGCAUGCAGCCUAAUAGUGACUGUGGGGAAACCGAGAGGUUGGGAAUGAAGAACCAGGAAGCAGUAAAAUAUCAAAAUGGAAAAGAGAUGAUUUUGGAGCAGACAAAAUUGCCCAUAGCUGCCGAUCCAGCCAUUCCCGAUCCAUUAUCUACAGACUCCAACACGAUUCCUUUAACUAAAAAAGAGUCUGUGCAGUAUGCAGCAGUAAGAAAGCCAUUAAAAAAGACUCUCUCGCUACCAGGGUGCAAGUGUGGACCUGACAUAGCGCCUCCCCCUGUAGAAAAUGGCAAUAUUGAGUCUGCUGAGAGACCCUCCAGUAUAAAUGCUACAGCCCUGCCUGGAGAUGCCCCAUAUGCCCGAGUUAAUAAACCACCCAGAGCGGCGACAGCAAACAUCCCAUCAUCCACUGCCAGUGACCAAUCUGACUUACAGGGAGCGGCAGCACCCUCAAUACGUCCAAUGUCUCUCAUAAACUUUGACACAGCGGAUCCGAAAUACUGGAAACUCGAGCCGUUGCACACAUAUGAAGAGACUUUGCACACACGCAGUCGAGACGAGGAGAUAGACUGUUACGCCAUGGGUCGGAGGAGGUUGGAGACAGGGGACUUAGAGGAACUUCCAAAUAAUCAUCUAUAUUCAGAAGUAAACAUCAGGGGUGCUUUACCUUCAAGACCCACCCCUAGUCUUCCUCUCAGACCACCACCAAGAUCAGUACAAGCUUCUUUAAGAACAGAGAGUACUGGACAGAGUUUUGGUUUGCCCCCACUUAUAGUUCAACCCCAACACACUGGUUUCCAUCGUUCAGAGCAAAUGGAGCAUCUGGAGGCUUCAUCCAAUUCAAUUUAUGAGAGGAUACCAGAGAGACCAACCAGCUCAAGACCACCUCUUUACCCACCCAACCCCAAACGCUAAACACUUCUUAAAUCUUGCAGAACUUAUAAAUAUAUAAACUUUGAAUACUUAAAUGGGAAUUUUCGUUAACAAUAAGAGAAAUGCAAUGUUCCUCUCCAAACUUUGUUACUUUUAACUUACUGCAAAUGUUUGUAAAUAUUGACUCUAUUAUGAAAUAGCUGUUGUUUCACAUGGUUAUAUAUUUAUAAUAUUAUAUUUUCAAAAAACAUAAUCUAGAGUACUUUACCCUAAAAAAACAAACUCAAAUAAAUGAUCUCUAUAAGUGCUUUUUAUACAGUAAAGAGGAUUGCACAACAUUUACAUGCAUUUUUGCACCCCAGUAUUUUUAAAUGGGUACAAGCCUUGUAAGAGGUGUUUUUUGUUCAAUGACUUUACUA